AUGAGGAAGCUAAUGGGCAGGAGGAAUUAUGUGGCAAUUGUGGCUUACGAUCCGGAAGUUGUGACGGGGACCUUCGGACAAACGAACAUGCAUGGCACAGCGACUGGGAAGUUGAGCUUGGCCGUAGAUUUCAUGGUGCAGACCGAUGCAGCGGGGAUGGGGGCGGUGGGGGUGAGUAAAUAUGGGCCUGUCAUUGUGCCUAGUUUGGAAUAUGGCAGAUGA